AUGGCUUUGAUGUGGCUGUAUUAUCCUAAAGGAGCAAAUCGCUCUAGAUGCUCGAGCACGUUUUUCUUCACUGAAAAUAAACGGAGAAUGCAACUGUGUCUUUGUGCUAAUGCGUGCCGCUCCGCCGCCUUGUUGCAGGUGGGGGAGAUCCUGGCUCUGCUGGGGCUGGACACCCACGCCGAGACCCACUCGGGCCGCCUGUCGGGCGGCCAGAGGAAGAGGCUGUCCAUCGCCCUGGAGCUGCUCAGCAACCCGCCCAUCAUCUUCCUGGACGAGCCCACCACCGGGCUGGACUCGUCCUCUACGACGCAGUGCGUGUCGCUGCUCAAGAGCCUGGCGGCCGAGGGCCGCACCGUGGUCUGCACCAUCCACCAGCCGUCCGCGCUGCUCUUCGAGAUGUUCGACCAGCUGUACGCCGUGGCGGCGGGCCACAACGUGUACCAGGGCGACACCAAGGGCCUCGUGCCCUUCCUCGCCCAGCAGGGGCUACCCUGCCCAGCCUACCACAACCCGGCUGACUUCAUGAUGGAAGUAUCAACGGGUGAUUUUGGCGUGACUGUUAACGCUCUUGCCGAUGCUGCAGCAAAGAACGCCAACAGGCAACCAGUUGUCCUUCCUGAUGCCACUUUGAUGGAUGACAUAAUUUGUGAGGCGCCUCCCGCACCACUUUAUAUGCAAUUCUAUCUGCUUUUAAUGAGAAACAUUGUCAUAAUGAGACGUGAUGUGAGUGCACUUGCCCUCAGAGUCUUUAUGCAUGUCUUCAUUGGACUUAUAUUUGGAUACCUGUACCGUGGAGUUGGCACCUAUGCAAAUGAUGUACUUGCUAAUGUAGUGUACUUGUAUGGAUCAUGUUUAUUCUUGGUGUAUACUGGUCAGAUGGCUGUCACAUUAGCUUUUCCGCUGGAAGUGGAAAUACUAACCAGAGAACACUUCAACCGCUGGUAUAAACUGGGACCAUACUUGAUGUCUACUCUGUUGAUUGAGUUACCAAUUCAGGCUGUUUUAUGCGCAACCUACCUGGCUCCAUCAAUAGUAUUGACGGGGCAGCCACUUGAUCUUUUCAGGAUAAUCCACUUUUACUCAUUUGCAACUUUAGCAUCUUUGACUGCGCAGAGUUGUGGAUUCCUCUUUGGUGCUACAGUGCCAAUAACAAUAUCUGUUUUCCUUGGCCCAGUAUUUGCUGUUGUUCUUUCCAUUUUUGGAUUUUGUAUUUGGUACCGAGAUAUUCCUAACUUUUUUAUGUGGAUAUACCACAUAUCUUACUUCAGAGCAGCUUUCCAGGGAUGUGUAUAUGCUAUGUAUGCAUAUGGGCGCUCUGCAAUGCCUUGCGAUAAUAGAAUGAAAGCACAUGCAGGGGGAAUAAAUUACUGCCAUUACAAAGCUCCACGAAAAAUCCUCAAUGAAAUGGAUAUUGCUGAUGUCAGCUUUUGGACUAAUACAGCAAGUAUUGUUGUAUUCUGUUUAAUUGUAUAUAUAAUAACAAUCUUCGUAAUUUGGUUCAGACUAAACAGACGUUAAUUUAGGUUCAUUUUAUUUUGGUAUAAAUGUGACAUAAUGUGAUAUGUGGGCCAUGGUGCUUUAAAUAUUAGGGAAUUAGGUUUAAUUUCUUCCUGUGUUAAGAACUAUCUUUGAAAGACUCAUCUAAUGUGUACUAAUUCAUUAAUCUUUCAUAAGUAGAAUUCAUCCAUCUCGGUGAUUUUGUUUCUCAGUCCUUUCAUUUGGGAUGAAUAUACCCAUAAAUCAAGUAAAGUUGUAAUGUUACCUAUGAAGGCCAUACUUCUAAAAAGUACGUAAGAAAUUCAAACCAUACAGAUUUGCAGCAGUGUAAAACCAUUAUGAUUGCUGAAAUUACGUACUUGCCUUCCACUUUCAUGCUAGAACUUUACUUUUCUAUACUUUUUAUCAUUGUUUCCAGUUACCAUUUGACUUUCUGACAAACUCUAUUGAGAUCAACUAUAGUUGCUUUCAGCGUAGUGUCUUACUUUUCUUGCUUAUGUGUGGUACAUUUAUUAGAAAUUUUAAUUUAGAACUCUCAAGGAAAUAAUUUUACUUUCCACCUCAGGAGGUCCAACCAACAUGAAGUGAUAUGUCCCUGGUCAAAAUUUAGUCGUCUUGACUGUUAGAAAUUCCAUAAUGAGAGAAUCAUUUGGCGUCCUCGUGACCUCAUUUCUGGCUGUCAAGAUGACUAUGUUUUUACCAGUGACGUCAAUUGAUGCCAUUGUGACAAAUUUAUAUCCUUUGGGACAUAUCUGCAAUUUGUGAUACUGUUAACAAGUCUUUUAGAGACUAGUCUUAAUUUAUUAAGCUAACACACAAAAUCCCCACAUACCUAGUAUAGGAAAGCUUCUAUUUUUCUGUACUUUUCAUCAAAGCUAUUUACACUAUUUUUGAUAUUGAAAGUUAUGACAAUAGAGAAAAGAACGGAUUUUUUGUUUUAUUAUUAAACCAAAAUUGUGCGAGAAAAUAUUUGAAUUUUGGGCAUUAAUGAAAUCAUUUUAAUGCAGCGAGAGUUCAUGCCAAAGAUGCAUAACAGCAGUUCAUUCUCUGCAUUUUGUUAGUUACAAGUUAAGCGUGAUGAUAUUUAAAUCCAUCUGUCAUGUUCCUAUGUUACAGGCACCUCAUUUCACUUAACCAUUAUUAUAGCUCAUUCACCCAUUGACAAGAUUUGGUGGUCAUCAUGAGAUCACAAUAGACUACAUCAGUUUGAUGGUGAAACAAAAUUUAAAUACAUUUUUAGACUCUGACUUACCAUUUUAAUUACAAUUUGAUCUCAUGAUGCCUUCUGUUUUUCCUCCGGGAAUAGUUUAGUGAUGUCCAGUGAUUUUUUAAAUCAUUUUGUAAUCAAUUUUUGUACAUAUGUAUUCAUUUUAUUUCAUGUCUUGUGUCUGUUGAUGGUCUGGAACCAUCAUCAUUGUCUUCUCUCUAUUUUAUUAUGUUCACCGAUCCAUAAUCUAAUUUUUGCAAAAUUUAACAAUAGAAGUGUUUGGCAAGACUUCAGAUUUAAAUGUUUCAAAUAUUUGCAUCUUAAUUUAUUUCUUUUACUUUAUAUGCUGACAGCAAGCUUGCCAGUUUACUAUUUAUGUGUACCUGCCUGCUAUCUGUUAGUAGUAUAACACAGCUACGUUUGAGAAUGUUUCUAUGAACGUAUGUGAUGCUGAACCAUUGUGAUAUUGGAAGCAAGCUAAGCUAGUGUGUAGAUAAUAUUCUCUGAUCUAUGGAGAAUGUGUCCUGUAUUUUAUUCAUACUUUUGUAUUUAUUGUAAACAGAAGUGCUGCAAUUUUUUUUUCAGUUAUUUUGUCCUUGAGUGCACUUUGUGUGCACAAUGAAUUUGUAUUAAAUGAUUUUUUUCAUCUA